AUGAUUUCCUCGGCUGCAUGGGUAGCCCGAGGCCUAGCGGCACGGCAUCCGACGAAGCAGCAGCUUGAUGAGGCGGAGCUGGAGCGUGUAAGCAAGCUCACAAAUAUGGAGCUGGGUGAGGCGGAGCGUCAGCUUGCGCAAGCCCAAGCGGCGGCGGCCGACGAUGGCUGGGAAGAUGUCGACGACGAAGACGACGAGGGAGAGGCGAUGGAGGAAGACACAGCCGCGCAGGACCCGAACGAUCUGAGUAAGUACCGGCUAGAUGAGUACGAUGAGGAGCCGAGUCAGAGUGUGGCGAUGGGUGCUCUGAGUGGCAUUCGCGGCUUGCAGUACUUCCGCAACAACGAUGAGGACCCCUACAUUACCCUAAAGAACGAUCCGGCAGACGAAGAAGAAGAGCGUCAGCAGCUGGAAGUACUCCCUACAGACAAUAUGCUGUUCACAGCCAAGACAGAAGACGACGUGUCGAUGAUCGAAGCGUACAUUUACUCGGCGCAGGACCAGAACUUGUAUGUGCACCAUGACCUUCUCCUCCCCUCGUUCCCAUUGCACCUCGAAUGGCUUGAUUAUGCCCCGGCGCCUGUCUCGGAGAGCGACUCGCGUGUCGCUGGCACCAUGGGCAACUUUGUGGCUGUCGGUACAAUGGACCCUGAGAUUGAGAUUUGGAAUAUGGACGUGGUCGAAGGCAUGUACCCAGAUGCCGUGUUGGGCCGCAAGGACCUGACAGAGGACCUUAAUGCCCCGAUGGGCACAGGCAAGAAGAAGCGGCGUCUGCCCAAGGCGCGUGUGCCAAAUGCCUCGUACCAUGUCGAUGCUGUGUUGUCGCUUUCGUGGAACAAGCGUGUGCGCAAUAUGCUGGCGUCAGCGUCGGCUGAUACCACUGUGAAGAUCUGGGAUCUGUCGCGGCCCAUGGUCGGCGAGUCAGCGAGUGCACUGCGCAGCUUCUCGGGCCAUGCCGACAAGGUACAGAGUGUCGCGUGGCAGGUGGGUGCGCCUGGCCUCGCGGCGGGCACAGAAAACCCGGGUGUGCUGCUGUCUGGCAGUUACGACAAGACGAUCCGUGUGUACGAUACGCGUAUGCCUGAUCAGGCACUCGUGGCACGACUUGGUGCCGAUGUCGAGGCAGUCCGUUGGAAUGGAUGGAAGGACCAUACGUUCCUUGUGUCGUUGGAGUCAGGUGUGGUGCAAGGCUUUGAUGUGCGUACAUUGACGGCAGAGGGCACAGAUGCGGCUCUGUACACGCUAGUUGCCCAUGAUGGUGCCUGCACGACCAUCGACGUGAGCCCGCAUAUCCCUGGCUGUCUCUUGACGGCCGGUACGGACCGCCAGGUGAAGUUGUGGAGUAUGGACGAUGAGGAUGUAGAGAAGCCACGCAGCAUCAACCUGGUCACGGCGCGUGACUUGGGCAUAGGCAAGAUCUUUACUGCGAGCUUCUCGCCGAACGAUCCGCUGACCGUCGCCGCAGCUGGGUCGGGUGGGAAGCUGCACAUUUGGGAUACGCUCUCGAACCCAGGCAUGCGUCGCUCGUUCGGUGAUCGAUUGCGUCGUAUGGACACGUAUGCCUCUCGGCAUGCAGCGGCAGUUGCCUCGGUGGAUUUGGACCAGGCCGAGUCGCGUGGGGCAGGCGAUGUACAGGUAGACGACGAUGCCGAGUCGGACGAGGACGAGGACGAGGCGAUGGACGAGUAA